UUGGCGCGACGGAUAUGAAUGCAAAAUCUUCUCGAUCUCAUGCUAUUUUUACAGUUAUUCUUUCUCAACAGAAAUUUAUACCUACUAAUGAGUUAUGUGCAAGUCCGUUGCCUCUUACCCCGUCAACGAAUUCGACAACUACUGCAUUUUCAGACUCAAAAUCUGGUUCACUGUCAAGAUCAAAUUCAAGAUUAA